CGUUGCAGAUGUGUCACACUUCAUGCCUGGCUCGCGCUUCAAUUUAGUUUACAUUCACCGCACACGCACCGAUUCACACAUAUUAUUAGGGCAUUGUAUUAGCAGCAGGGCAAUGGCUUCAGUGAGCGUGGUAGGACCAAGACCGCAUCGUCCAGCUCCAGACCAGGAGUUUUUCUUUAAGGAAAUAACGGCCACCGGGAAGAAGAAAAUAACGUUACCGAGGAAAUACUCCCUGGAGAAUAUGGUGACCAGGAAGAUAUCGGUGAAGCGGGAGUGCGGUUCGGUGUCGGUUUUAUCAGCAGUCACAUCAACCCCGCUAAACCCGUCCCUGACCCCGGCACAACAAAGAGCAGCAGCCGAGGUAGGAGGGGGGAAUCCCGGGGUGAGAAGUGGGGCUCAGCCGGGGCUGGUGCCACGUAGCUUGGACAGAGAACGCGACAGCAGCAGGCCUGGUUGUGGGCACACCGAGAGAGACACGACAGCGGCGAGGGAGGACACUGGUCAAAGCGGACGGAGGGCAAGCGGCAAUYGCUAUGCCGAUGACGGAGAGAGUUCACUGAAGACCGUCACAAAUGUUCGGUCAAGCACAUCCGCCAACGAACAGAUAGCAGAUGCCAAGUGUGACAGAUCAAGCGCGCCCACAAACGGACACACUGGCGCACACUCACAUUGGGACCGACCAGUCAGGAUGCGCGCAUCCCACAGCCUCCCUGGUGAGACCACCGGGCCGGGUACCAAAGGGGACACCGGGGGGCCACCGAUGGAGCGGUUGACACAGGGAAGGACAGGGGUCGUUAAACUCGCGCGCACAGAACCACACCGGAAGGAGGCCUGGUCAAUAUUUACCUCCCAAGAGCAGGAGGACCCGCGCGUGCGGGCGGAGACAGGAGAGGGCCACCUGUUCUGGACCAGAACAGUUACUCAGGACUGGUGCGACGUUUGUAACCAGCCAAUCAACGCCCAGCAGGCGCUCAAGUGUAAAAACUGCAGCUACACCUGUCACCUGGAGUGUGAGGGGCGGGUCCAGCUGGACUGCAACCAGAGAGACAGCAACCCACAGGAAACUCCAUCUCCCAGAAGACACUGCUCCACGCCUCCUCAGUACAAGCAGAAUGAGGUCAAAGAGGAAACAGGAGGCAGGGCCCAAGGCUCUGUCAGAGAAAGAGGUGCGGGCCCAGGAUAGAGGACUACAAUCUAACGUCUCAGAGAAUGGCAUGAAACUGGCUGCUGAUGGUUUGUACACUGCUUCAUUAAGGUCCACCUCAGGCUGAGUCGGCCAGUCACGGUCUUGCUGUGGAGGGUGCGGGAUUAGAGGAACAGUCAGGCAAGCCAGACAGACGCGCGCCAAUGGCGGUGUCAGAGGGCCAGGAGGGGAGGGACGCGGGUUGAGUGACAAGCGGACGUCGUUCUACCUUCCAGUGACUGUGCGAGCAACUCCACAUUAGUAGUACUACCACGGUCA